AUGAUGUUCUUCAGGAUGAGGGAGCUUCAAGGCGUCGACAGCUUGAUCUUGAAAGAGCUGAAGUCAUGCUGUGCCAAAGAGAGCUCCUUUCUUCCCAGGGAAACUGGCCUGAAAGUGAUGGAGGCGACUUCCACAGAGAAUCACAACAGAGUGUCUGCGAAAUGCAGAGACAGCAGAGUGGAAGAGCUGUGGAGUCUGACCAGUUUCUUUGGCUACAGCACUCAAACCUUUGUUCACGCUGUCAAUUACCUUGACAGAUUUCUCACUGUUAUGAAGGUCCAGCCGAAACACGUGCCCUGCAUUGGAGUGUGCUGUCUGCACAUUGCUGCCAAAAUCGUUGAGGAAGAGUGCAAUGUCUCACCCCCCCAUGAACUCAUUCGCAUCAGCCAGAGCAAGUUCACCGUGUCCGACCUCAACCGCAUGGAGAAGAUCAUUUCAGAGAAACUCUGCGUGGAGCCCAAACCAGUGACCGCCUUCACCUUCCUGCACCUCUACUACUCCGCCGUCAGCUCCCUGCCCGCCGCGAGGGAGGAGAUCCCAAGCAUUGGGAGACUGGAAGCCCAGCUUAAAGCCUGCUUAUGCCAGCUUGUUUUCUCUAAGGCAAAACCCUCAGUGCUGGCGCUGUCCCUCAUGGCUCAGGAAUUCGAAGCCCUCCAGUCAGUCACGCUUUUGAAGCUUGUCCAGCAAUUCCAAAGGCUCGUAAAGGUCGGUGACAGUGAGCUGCUGCACUGGAAGGAGCUUGUUGCCAAGUGCAUGACCCAGUACCGCUCGAGCCAGUGCAACAAACCAAACAACAAAAGGCUCGUGUGGAUCUUGUCCAGGAGAACCGCAGAGGGCCUGCAGACGAGUCACUUCAGCGUUCCCGGGCUGCCCACUAUUCCCGAGCUGAGCUGGGACCAGAGUGAGAGUGAGGACUCCUGUGGGGACACCAGCUGUGGAGAAGACACCCCGUGUGGCUCGUUAGGGAGUGACGGGGAAGGAGCCUUUUUCCCUUCUACAUUUUUCCAAUAUGGACGUUGAUCAUGCUCCACAGCAUUUAAAUGUUUCCUGGAUUGUAACAGAGAUUAGGACAGAUAUGUGUGUUUAUGAUAUUUAUAUAUAUAUAGGUAUAUGUUUGUGUGUGUGUGUAAAUGCAUAUGCAAAGUGACAGAUAUUGGAUGACAAAGUGCCUGUGUUAGUUCAGUUUCUGUUCAUCAACAAUGGAGAUAAAAAACAUAUCUGUAAAAGGCAAAGUGAAAAAAUUGCAAUACUUUGGCAGCUUGACGAUAACCGAAUGCCUCUUUCUAAGCAGGGCUUCUGAGCGUGACGCAUUCCAGAGAAAACUAGUAAAGGACAACGAAACCAGAGGAUGCCUGUUAUUUUUGUACACUCUGUUUAAUACCAGCAAUCAUACUUGAACAUCCCCCCUAUUUUUUUAACAACACUUUUUAUACUCGACACCCACGUACCUGCAGUAUUCCGCGUGUGAAAAAUGUUUUUCUACGUGCUGUUCUCAUGUGUCACAUAUGAUGUUAUUGUGUGGAAACUUCAAACUGUAAAUGCAUGGAUCCAUUUAAGCGAUUAUGGCUGCAUGUUACGUGUAGAAAGAUACGUUUACUGCAAAGAAAUGUGAAUAUGUGAAAAGAAAAAAACUGUUUUAUGUCGCGUCAUAUUGUAUUUAGUUAUUGCAUGGAACAAGGUCGAAGAAUGGGAACAACUGUUAUGAAUAAAAGAGGUACUUUAUGUGACUUGUUUUAAUAGUCUAUUAUAUCUAUCAU